UAUCCGUUAUGUUAUGAUUGUUAUGUCACCAACCGAAUGAGAGUCGGGUGACAAGUUUAAUAAAAAAUUCAUUAAAUUAAAACUAAACUUACAAAUACCUUGACAAAUCUUAAGAAAACCUUUGUAACCAGUAAAAUGGCGCUUCGCAUUGUUCAGCGUAAUCCCUUAAAAUGGGCACAGCAACUUGCCAGGGCUCAAUCAACUAUGUCCGCUUUCGAAAUCCAACAUAAAACUCCUCUAAUUAAAAAACAAGCAGCUAUUCCUGUUGCUAUGUAUGGGGGUCGAAAUGCAGUCACAAUGCUUCCAGGUGGAGGAAUUGGGCCUGAGCUUAUGGAAUAUGUCCGUGAAAUAUUUAAAUAUGCUGGAGCACCUGUUGACUUUGAAGUAAUUGAUAUUGACCCAACAGAAGAAACUGGAGCAUUUGAAUAUGCUAUAACCUCUAUUAAACGAAAUGGAGUUGCUAUAAAAGGUAAUAUUGAAACUAAAAGUGAAGAUGCAGGAGUAAUUUCAAGAAAUGUAGCCCUCAGAAAUGAAUUGGACCUUUUCGUUAACAUUUUGCACUGCAAAUCUUUUCCAACUGUUCCAGCUCGUCAAAAAGAUAUAGAUAUUGUUAUUAUCAGGCAAAAUACUGAAGGAGAAUAUGCUAUGUUAGAACAUGAGAGUGUUGAUGGUGUGGUGGAAAGCAUGAAGGUAGUAACAAAAUCAAAUUCUGAGAGAGUAGCCAGAUAUGCUUUUGAAUUUGCUAAAAGAACUGGAAGAAAGAAGAUAACUACUAUUCACAAAGCCAACAUUAUGAAAUUAUCAGAUGGUCUUUUUCUGGAAACUUCAAAGCAAAUUGCCAAAGACUAUCCAGAAAUUGAACAUAAUGAUAUGAUUAUCGAUAACUGUUGCAUGCAGCUUGUUUCAAAACCACACCAGUUUGAUGUUAUGAUCAUGACAAAUCUCUAUGGUAGCAUAGUUUCCAAUGUAGUCUGUGGUCUAAUUGGCGGUGCUGGCAUUUUGUCAGGAAGAAAUUAUGGAGAUAAUUAUGCUGUCUUUGAACCUGGUACCCGUAAUACUGGCACAGCCAUUGCAGGGAAGAAUGUAGCUAAUCCCCUUGCUAUGGUGAAUGCUUCUAUUGACAUGCUUAAUCAUCUGGGACACAAAACACAUGCUAACCUGAUUCAGAAUGCUAUGUAUAAAACUAUUGCUGAAGAUCAUUUACUUACUCCAGAUUUGGGUGGUACAGCAAAAAGUACAGAUGUAGUGCAAAGAAUUAUUGAUCAUAUUUUACAGGCUGACAUAAGGCCCUGAAUCUGCUGUCUUCUGUAUUUGGUGAUAUCCACCUUUUUUUUUCAGUGUUACAGAAAACUGUGUAAAUAAUAUUUAUUGUAUGCAUACUUAUUUUAAGAUCUUAUGUUAAUAAAUUAUUUGUUUCUUUUUCAUAA